AUGGAGGAUGAAAUUGCACAAAUUGUGACAAAACUACUUGAUCAAAUGGAUUGUGAGAUGCACAGUAACAAAGUGUAUUCGAUUGCAGAUAGAAGCAGCAUUGGAGUGAACAAGGAGGUAUUGCGAAUCAAACUACUCUCUGGAGAUAGAAGUACUACACAUACAGAAAUCAAGAUACAAGUUGUAGUGAAUGAACGUAGUAGUGAUCUACUUAAUAGAAGCUCAACUGAUCAAAUAAGGAAAAACACAAUGAUUUUUGAAUACAAUAACUUGAUUGUGGAUGUGAGCAUUAAUGUAGAGAAUGAUCCGAUAUACAUAUAUGGAGAGUACAUAAAGAUGAGCAGAAGCAUGACACAAACACCUUUAUUUAUUGGUAAGACACUUAAGUGCAGCAGAAGUGUAUCUGACUUCUGCAAGCAGCUGAAGAAGUUUUUUUGUGCUGGGGACGUCAAGUUUGUGCCUGCGGGGAGAGAAGAUAUGGAUGUGCAGAUGAUUGAGGGAAGACCAUUUCUACUUGUAGUGAAGAAUCCGAGGCAUAACCUAGCUUUUCAAGAUCUAGAGCUUGAUCUGUAUAAAGAGGUAGACAUUAUCAACCUUAAGGUUGUAAAGAAAGAAUGCAAAGAAGCAAUAUUCAGUGGAGAGGUGAUAUCUAAAAAAACCUAUUCAUUGCUUGUCUGUAGCAAACACUCUAUAGAUAUACAGAAGCACUAUGACGUUGAUCAGAUGACACCAUUGAGAGUGAUGCAUCGUAGGGCAAACAUGACCCGUGAGAAGAAAGUAGAUAUUUUAGAAUGGAAGGGAAUGGAAGGGAAUGGGCUGAUGUAUUAUCAAAUAGUGCUUGAAGCAAGCGCAGGAGCAUACAUCAAAGAGUUUGUGAACGGAGACUUUGGAAGAACCAAGCCAUCUCUUGGUGGCUCAUAUUACUGUGAUCUGCUUGAGCUUGAUGUGAUAAGAGUUGAAAAGCAUGACAUAGAGAAAUUUGUGGAGAGAAAUAUUUGUCUGAAAGUAGUGAGAGUAUAA